AGAGGCGUGAGAAAUUCUGUCCUGGGCCAGGUCCUCAGGAAAGAGCUUCCUGGGGGAAGGGGAGCUUGGGGGCGGGGGUUCGUGUCUUGGCUGGGGGAUGACAAGCCGUUAUCGCUAAAGGAAAACUUCACAAGGUGACUCCAACAAAGCCGCCAGCUAUUGUCCCAGCACGGUCCCGGCGGGCUGCGGGGACUUCCACUGGACCACCCCGAGUCACCCCGACGGCAGACGCGAGACCCCGGAGGCCGAGCGCAAGCCGUGGAGCUGCGGGCUUUGGCGGUGCGCCCCGCCCCUCGCGCCCCUCCCCCUCGAGGUCCUCGCUCCCCCCUCCCCCCCGUCGCUACCCAGUCCUUAAAACCCCGAGAAGAGGGAUGGCGCGGGGCGUCUCGGGGGUGCGUUGCGGACACUUCUGAGACACCAGCCUGAAAGCCAGCCGCCAGCGGGCUGGGAUUCGACUCCGCUGUCUCAGCUCCCGACCCCCGACCCAUCUCAACCGCGACUCCAACUCCAAGAAAGCCCUGACUGCGGAGCCCCAGGUGCAGUGCGGCUCAGCAAACUUGACAGUUUUUCCCCCUCCUCCAUCCCAAUCUAAGUUUAGGAACCGACUGAGCCAAGAGUAGGGGCUAGAGCAGCAGCUGUCAGGCUUCGGGGACGGGCCUCCUGGUCCCCGGAGAAUCUCAGGUUGAAGUCUUGCUCUGGACCGAGGCUCCAGGGCUUCUCCCAGAAGCCUCUGCUCUGCAUCGCUGGAAACCACGUUCUGUGGCAGCAUGGCCACCAGCCUUGGCACCGACAGCUCGAAGCAGCCGAGCCCCCUGUCUACCGAGCAGAUCACUCUCCUGGUGCUCCUCUCCGUCCUGGCCACCGUGCACUUGGGCCAGUGGCUGCUCCGACAGUGGCGGCGGAAGCCGGGGUGCUCGCCCCCGGGUCCCUUCCCUUGGCCGCUGAUCGGCAACGCGGCGGCCGUGGGGCGCGCGUCGCACCUGUACUUCGCGCGCCUGGCGAGGCGCUAUGGCGACGUCUUCCAGAUCCGACUGGGCAGCUGCUCCGUGGUGGUCCUGAACGGCGAGAGCGCCAUCCACCAGGCCCUGGUGCAGCAGGGCGGCGCCUUCGCCGACCGGCCGCCCUUCGCCUCGUUCGGCGUGGUGUCCGGCGGCCGCAGCCUGGCGUUCGGCCGCUACUCGGAGCGCUGGAGGGCGCAGCGGCGCGCGGCCCACGGCGCCAUGCGCGCCUUCUCCGCGCGCCACCCGCGCGGCCGCCGCCUCCUGGAGGGCCACGCGCUGGGCGAGGCGCGCGAGCUGGUGGCGGUCCUGGUGCGGCGCUGCGCGGGCGGGGCCGGCCUGGACCCCACGCAGCCCGUGGUGGUGGCCGUGGCCAACGUCAUGAGCGCGGUGUGCUUCGGCUGCCGCUACCGCCACGACGACGCCGAGUUCCUGGAGCUGCUCGGCCACAACGAGGAGUUCGGGCGCACGGUGGGCGCGGGCAGCCUGGUGGACGUGCUGCCCUGGCUGCAGCUCUUCCCCAACCCGGUGCGCACCACCUUCCGCGAGUUCCAGCAGCUCAACCGCAACUUCAGCAGCUUCGUGCUGGACAAGUUCCUGAGGCACCGCGAGAGCCUGGUGCCCGGGGCCGCUCCCCGCGACAUGAUGGACGCCUUCAUCCUCUCCGCCGAAAAGAAGGCCGCCGGGGACCCUGGCGAGGGUCCCUCCGGGCUGGACAUGGAGAACGUGCCGGCCACUGUCACGGACAUCUUCGGGGCCAGCCAGGACACCCUUUCCACCGCGCUGCUCUGGCUGCUCAUCCUCUUCACCAGAUAUCCUGAUGUGCAAGCUCGAGUGCAGGCUGAGUUGGACCAGGUUGUGGGAAGGGACCGCCUGCCUUGCAUGAGUGACCAGCCCAAUCUGCCGUACGUCAUGGCUUUUCUUUAUGAAUCGAUGCGGUUCUCCAGCUUUUUGCCUGUCACCAUUCCUCACGCCACCACGGCCAACACCUUCGUCUUAGGCUACUACAUCCCGAAGAACACGGUGGUUUUUGUUAAUCAGUGGUCUGUGAACCAUGACCCGGCCAAGUGGCCUAACCCAGAGGACUUUGAUCCAGCCCGAUUCCUGGACAAGGACGGCUUCAUCAACAAGGAACUCGCCAGCAGUGUGAUGAUUUUUUCAGUGGGCAAACGGCGGUGCAUCGGUGAAGAGCUGUCUAAGAUGCUCCUGUUUCUUUUCGUCUCCAUCCUCGCUCAUCAGUGCGAUUUCAAGGCUAACCAAAAUGAGCCCUCAAACAUGAGCUUCAGUUACGGCCUGACCAUUAAGCCCAAGUCCUUUAAAAUCCAUGUGUCUCUCAGAGAGUCCAUGGAGCUCCUUGAUAGGGCUGUGCAGAAGCUGCAAGCUGAGGAAGCUUCCCAGUGAGAAGCUGGAGGUAGCUGAAACAUGAGAACACCCGCCUCUAACUGGGGAGGAAAAUACAGAUUUAUGUUCCCAGCUUCGUUUUGGCAUCACUUCUUGAAAGUGAGCAGAGACCAAGUGGCCUGAAGGUGAGGCACAUUUACCAAUUCCUGGCUUCUCAUGGGCCUGUGCUGGAGUUCCUGGAAAUAUUUUUUAAUUGAACAGUAAAAGGGCCCAAGGAAUUUGGACCCUGUUUUUGUUUUUUGUCUUUGCAAUUGCACACAUGCACACCUAUCAACAUAUGUGCACAGCUACUUCACGAAGAAUUUCAGUAACUCUGCCUUGUUGGGUAGGUUUUCGCUGGAACUUCUGUGUGCAGAAAUCGACCCUAUAGGAAACUGCACUAAGCAAAGGCUUAGGAUAUAUUCAAGAAUCGAAAACGAGUGAUUUCAGGGUAAAAUGUAAAGACCAGACAUUCUCUACCGAGCGACCACCUGCUUAGGAAAAUGCUUUAACCCCUCUGUAGCAGCCCUGGGUGAGGUUUUCUUUUUGCCUGUAGAUGAGAUGUGCCUCCACUUCAGGAUGGACCACAGAAGUCAGUUUCCCCCAAAGGAAUUAAUAGUUGGUUUAAUAACUGCAGUAGUUUUCAGAAAUUUGAAUAUAAAGGUAAAUUGUUUAGGUGGCAAAAAAAAAUCUUAUGAAUUAAAGAUGUACCUCAUUUGGCUGUUAAAAUGAAGUAUUCCAAUUAUAACGGGGAAAAAGAUUUGCCAGUCCAGUUUAAGCUUUCAAUUAUGGGAUUGAAAUAAACUGGUCUUAGUAAUAAGUCUGAUAAACAAAACAAAACAAAACGAAAAGCCUCAUGUCACCAAAUAGUAUUUACUGCAUAUAAAUUUGUUACAGAAGUAUUUGUAAUCAUCACAUGAAUAGUAUUUGAUUAGAAAAAUAUUUGUAUAAUGUAUUUCUUAUGCCAUAUUGCAAACCAAAAAGAAUAAUCAGUUGAAUGAAAUUUGCUCAAAUACAGGAAAUGAGGCAGAUUAAGUCAAUCUGUUUUAACAACAGGGAACUAAGUAACAGAAAGAUCUUUUCUCAUUCCCAGUUCAGACAAGGGAUAACCCUCAAAAGCAAAUCAGCAAAAUAUGUUCUUAUCUAGUAAUUGUAGUUACAACACAGAGGCUUUUUUUCGAAUUGACCCCAUUAAUACGUUAAGAUUUCAAACUCUUGGCAUGCUUCAAUUUUAAGUUAACUUAAAAUCCAUCUUGAUUAUUUUGUUUCAGUUGAAGCUAGAGGAAAUAGAAUCAUUAUCCCAUGGAAGGUGAGACACCUGACCUUUGUCUGAGGACGAAUGCUGAAAAAAGGCCAUGGAUUUUCUGGAUGUUCUUUGUCUUAGGCCACACGAUAGGAAACUCAUUACAGCUGAGAAGUUUCUCUUUAAGUGUUAUUGUUAGUGUUGUUUUUUAAGUUGAGUCUUAAGGUCUGUUUUUUUGUUUGUUUGUUUUUGUUUUUUUAAGUCAGAAUCUGAAGAUUGUCUUAGGAGGUUGUUUAGCGACUGCUCUGUAAGAUGCUGGAGACAGUUAAAAUCGCCUCUCUUAUUUAGGGUGGUUUACUGUGAACAGUUACUUUUUGGUAGCUGGGAAAGAAGAACUGUAUGUGUUUGGAUUAUGUAAACAAUCCGAAAACCCCUUUAAGCAGGGUUGGAAGAGGGAAAAAGUAGGAACAGGGCCGGUGGGAGUUUCCUAUUUCUGUUUUCAUUGCAAUUAUAUGUAACAAAAGAAUCCUGCCUCUCUCAGAGAGCUCACUGUUUGCUCUGUUUCAUUAGGCUUUUUGGCAUUUUCGUAUCAAAAUUACAAAGGAAGGCAUGUGUGAUGUUUUUGUGUGUGUGUGUGGGGGGAUGGCCAGAAGCCCCAAGGAAAAAAGAGAAUGAGCAUGAAGAGCAAUGGCUGAAUGGUUCCCAUUCACUCAAAAUUAAUUUGUUGAACUAUAAAAUUUGAAGCAUGGAAGUUUAGAAAAAAAAAAGAUGUUCAGAGUGCCAGGCCUUAAAUUUCAAGUGUACUUUAAGGAUCCUCAGAGCCUUUGCCCUCUGCCUCUCCCUCCCACCUCUACAUGGUUUUUGUAGUUGGAAAUUGAACUAUAAAAAUUUAAUGUACGGUUUUAAAACAAAUUCUCAUAACAGAACCCCUUGAAUGUGAAGCACAAGUUGUGUCAGUGUUUUAAAGGCCUUAAUUUCAACUCCAAAAGUUAACGGUGCAAUAUUUUUUAACCUUUUUAGACCUUUUUAAGGCAUAUGUCUCAGAGGGCUGGGACAGUGAUCUGGGUUCCCAUGGCCUCUUUGAGAAACUCCAAUAGUGAAAGUCACGUACCAAUGUGGACCCCUCAUUAAGUCGACCAGACCAGAUGUUUGGUUCGUGAAUGUAGGCACCUUUUCCAUUAAGGGGUGUGUACCUGUAUGUGUGUGUGUCUGCUUUGCUUAAUAUAUUUAGAACCUAGUGAAAGGAGAGAGGAUACAAACCAGGAAAGAGUAACAGUUACCAAAUUUGGAUGCUAUUGUAAUAGAUUACGGGCUUGAUCAGAAAGCCCAUUUUCUGCUACAGAGGGAUGUCAUGUAACUCAGAAUUUUUGCAUGGGUCAGUGCAGCUAAAGUAUGUUUCUAGUAUUUCUAUUAAAUGCCUCAUUUGUAUAGUAAAGCUUGGACUGCGUCAGAACAUUGCUUCCCCCCCCCCAAAAAAAAACGAAAAGACGCCUCAGGUGUGUUUUGUGGAUUAAUCAAAUGAGUUCAUGCCCCAGAACUUAGCCUUUACCUGUGAAGUAUUACUGCACUCUUACUGUUCUCACAACAGGGCUGUGCUAGAUUAAAUAGAUACAUGGCCCUGUAUGUUAAUUAGUAUGUUUUUAGCUGUGACACAAUCGUGUGAUAAAAGGUAUAUGUCACCAGGUGAUUAUAACCCAAGAAUAACUUCCUAUUUAGCCUUUUCUUGAGUUUUUGUACUUUAUCAUGUAUGUUCUUAGUAUGUAUAUAGCUGACAUAGUACACAGUCAUAACCAAAACAUUUCCUACGCACAGAGCAGUAACUAAGGGGUAGCCUCUACCUUUUGAUUUAAUUAAAAUUUAAACGUUCUGUCAGUCAUUAUCUAUCACGAAAUACUGUUACCUAAAUAAUAAAAACCACUUUCAUAAUUCUA